CCGAUCUCACCAAGACGGGCUGUUGGCGUCCUGACAUGUUCUCAAAGCGGCGUCUACUCGGCAAUUGCUGCCUUGCUUCGACUCGUGCUGACUCGCCUGCAGAUUAUAGUGGGGUGUCAAAACUGCCUGCCUCUGCGACUCACCUUCUUGACCCACGUCUAAAAAUCCUGGCUACGCUGAUCCCCGGAAUCUUUGCCGCCAAGCACUGUUUGGACAUCGGCUGUAAUGCUGGCAGCGUCUCAAUCCAACUAUGUAAGUGUAGGAAGGAUACCCCUGCUACCUCCUGCAACCGACUAUUACCACGUCUUGUCGAUAUUGAUCAACUUGCAGCAUUCGAUUUUCAAGCGGCAUCCGUCACGGGCAUCGAUAUCGAUCCCAAGCUGAUUGCCCAGGCCGAGAAGCUCCUGGCCCUGCGUGCUUCCCGUGCGAAACCCCCCACGAGUGGCUCGGCACCCGUUGUCGACUACUUUCCUAUAUCGGCCGUGCUCACUCAUGGAUACCGGAUUGAACCGCAAAACAAGGCUGCGCAUAGCGCAUCCACUGUGUCAGCUGCUUGGCCGCGUGUAACCUUCUUCUCUGCAGAUUGGGCCGUACCCUCAGCCCACGACGUCGAGGAGUCAUAUGAUGUGAUCCUGGCAUUAUCCGUCAUUAAAUGGAUCCACCUCCAACAUCGAGACGCUGGUCUAGUUGCGUUCUUUGAGAAGUGCGCCUCGUCGUUGCGAACGGGUGGAUACCUCGUUAUUGAACUCCAGGGCUGGGACUCAUAUCAGAAGGCCGUUCGCCCAAACCACUCUCCGCAUUUCCAGCAGGCUUUGAAGGAGCUCGAGUUACGUCCGGAAACUUCAUUCGACACUCUCCUUGCGAACCAAGGCCUACGGCUCUGCGCUUCAUCAGAUGCACUUCCUCGUCGCAUCAGUGUCUAUCGAAAAGCCUGAGCACUUUUUGAACAUAUCGGUAGGGUUGAACAGUCUACCACCAGGAUCACGUUUCAUCGCCUUCAAGUACCCAAUCUUUAGCAUCGGGAAUUACCAUUUCAUCUUGCUCGGGAGAUGUUCAACACACCCAUGGCAUUCCCCACUUCGACUAAUCGUUACACUCUGGCGCACGGUCACUCUGCAAUUAUUAUCCGUCCCUUGCCGUAUCAGCGCCUAUCGCACCUGGGCUCUCUAUUCUGUUGGUUGGUAAAUUUUGGAUUGAGUAUUGCUAUUCA